GUCUUAGUCAGAUGUAUUUUCUCAGCUGACAGCAUGCAUUUGAAAAACGUCUUCAUUUUCCUGCAACUUUGGUUUUCAGCAGAAGGUGCUUAUUACGGCUAUUAUUUAGGCCACUGCCAGUUUAACUUUCAUGAUAGUCAAGGGGUUGUGUUCUUGGAGCAGUUGUUUUUCAACAAGUGUCUACUGGUCCAAUAUAACAGCACUUUGGGAAAAGUUGUGGGAUACACAAAGGAGGGAAUCAUUUUUGCAGACAUUCUCAACAAGAACCCAAGAUUCCAAAAACAUCAAAUAUGGAAAACAAACCGUUGCAAUGAUAUUGCACAUCUGUUAUAUGGAAAUCUAUCCACAGUGGAGCCCUACGUAACGCUGAGCUCAGUGAAAGCGGAGUACAGUCAACACCAACUCAUGCUCAUCUGCAGCAUUUACGACUUCUAUCCAAAGAAAAUCAAGGUAACAUGGCUUAGAGACGGAAAGGAGAUCACAUCUGAUGUGACGUCCACUGAUGAGCUACCGAAUGGGAACUGGCUUUACCAAUAUCACUCCAACCUGGAAUUUACACCCAAACCUGGAGAGAAGAUCAGCUGCAUGGUGGAGCAUGCAAGCCUCAGAGAGCCAAAGAUUUAUAAUUGGGAGCCAGAACAUCAUUCUGACAAGAAGGAGCUGGUUAUAGGUACAGCAGGGCUGCUGAUUGGCUUGUUGUUUUCAGUCGCUGGGUUCCUCUAUUACAGGAGGACAGUCAUUGUGCGGGAAAGAGUGUCAACAACUGAGGAUAUUUAUCCAGAAAACAACCUCUAGUUUUGCUGGGGGUGUAUCAGGGAGAAGAGACGAUGAGCUUCCCUCACCAUGCAUCAAUGAACUGUUGGAUAAUGAGCCUAACCCCAAGUUAUCUCCCAGUCUGUUUAUUAGUACGGUAUGUUAAUGUCUGAGUGAAAAGAAGUGAAUGAGUCUUGCAGCAUGACACUGCUGUUUUUUUUUUUUGUUUGUUUGUUUUUUCUAUGAAUCAAUAACACAGCUGGAAAAGUUACCCAAGCAGGAUUCUACACAGUUUUUAUAUUAAAAUCUAUACUCUAAAUUUCUACAUUUUUCUUGGAAGUUUCUGCAGUAUUCUGGAAAAUACAGUGCAGUUUAAACUAUUGGUCUUUAUUCCCAUUAACAGUAGCUGGGUCUCAUCCUCUGAUGUUUUUGCAUCUAAACUAAAGUAAAUCUGCUCUAUUCCAAAAUAUGAAGCUUUUUUACUUGUUAGGAGGUAAGAAGACUAGUAAGGAACACUGGAUACAGACUUACAGCACAAUUGGUUAACACUG